AUGGCACCCUUUCGAAGACCUGGACUAGAAGAUGACGAAGCCGAGUCACGACCUGACACGCUUCGUCCUCGUCCUCCACACACUUUCAGAGGUCCUCCAGCAUAUUCCGCAAUGCACCAAUAUGGUCCAUCGCAUUCAAGUACAGGGGAUGAAGACAGCGUCGUGUCCGGACUCUCAGCAAUGUCAGAUCUGGAAUCGCUCUAUUUGGAAUCGUCUUCCAGCAACCGUCCUAAGAAUGCUCGCGAACAGUACCUACUAGCACAACGCCUGCCAGGGCAAGCGGGAAAUGACAGGUCUUCUGGCGAAGCACGCAGCGGACUCUCAAACCUAUUGAACGGCUUCAUAGACGAAAACGAUGAUGAAGAAGACAACUGGCAAGACAUGGUAUAUGCUGCGACUCUCCAACACUCACGCCAGUCACAGGUGGGUCGCAUAAAAAAGGAGACGAUUGAUCCAGCAGAGCAAGAAAGGCUCGACUUGAAUAGGGCAAUUGCAGAAAGCCGUUUGCAACAUGAAAUAGACCAAAUGCGUCUCACACAGAUUGUCGAGGAUGACGAGGAGUCACCACAGAAGGAACAGAAACCGAAAAAAAAAUCUUCCAAGAAGUUGAUGAAGAAAGACAAGAAAUUUGACAAACAAAUUAACCAGAAAAGUAGAGGCAAGUCUCCGCCGAUAAAUGGUCAGGAUGUAGCUGAAAAGUCAAAGAAGAAUAGUGGAAUGUGGAGUGCGUUAACAGGCAAGAAAACUAAGAAAAGAUGA